AUGGGUCGUGGAACGUCGGCUCGGGUCACCGCCAUUUUUGUUUGCCUUCUAUUGAUCUCGUCCGUGCAUUCCUUCUAUCUCCCCGGCGUUGCCCCUCGCGAUUUCCAAAGAGGGGAUGAACUUCAAGUCAAAGUGAAUAAGCUGUCCUCUAUUAAAACACAACUUCCAUAUGAUUUCUAUUACUUGAAAUACUGCAAACCGGACAAGAUCACGAAUAUUGCUGAAAACUUGGGUGAGGUCCUUCGAGGUGACCGCAUAGAGAAUUCGGUUUAUACUUUUAACAUGAGAGAGGAACAACCUUGCAAAGUGGCUUGUCGUGUUAGACUUGAUGCUGAAGCUGCAAAGAAAUUCAAAGAAAAAGUUGAUGAUGAAUACAGAGUCAAUAUGAUUCUAGAUAACCUUCCAGUAGCUGUUCCUAGACCAAGACGAGAUGGAAGUCCAUCAACAACUUAUGAACAUGGUUUCCCUGUCGGGUUUAAGGGGAAUUUUGCUGGGAGCAAGGAGGAGAGACAUUUUAUUAAUAACCACUUAAGCUUCACAGUCAUGUAUCACAGAGAUCCUGAAACUGAUGCUGCUCGAAUUGUUGGGUUUGAAGUUUCGCCAAACAGUUUUUAUCAUGAGUACAAGGAGUGGGAUGACAAGAACCCUCAGUUGACAACAUGCAACCAGAACACCAAAAAUAUGAUUCAAAGAAGCGCUCUUCCUCAGGAAGUUGAUACAGACAAGGAGGUUGUAUUCACUUACGAUGUUACUUUCAAGGAAAGUGAGAUAAAGUGGGCAUCACGCUGGGAUACCUACCUUCUCAUGAAUGAUGAUCAAAUCCACUGGUUUUCUAUCAUCAAUUCUCUGAUGAUCGUCCUCUUUCUCUCCGGUAUGAUUGCCAUGAUCAUGAUGAGAACUCUGUACAGAGAUAUUACAAACUAUAAUCAACUGGAAACCCAAGAUGAAGCUCAGGAAGAAACUGGAUGGAAACUUGUUCAUGGAGAUGUUUUUAGGGCACCUACAAAUUCUGGAUUGCUGUGUGUUUAUGUGGGAACUGGUGUUCAGAUCUUUGGAAUGACACUUGUGACAAUGAUCUUUGCAUUGCUGGGUUUUCUGUCACCGUCCAACCGUGGUGGGCUUAUGACUGCCAUGGUUCUUUUAUGGGUCUUCAUGGGCUUAUUUGCUGGCUACUCAUCGGCUCGUCUGUACAAAAUGUUCAAGGGAACCGAGUGGAAGAAGAAUACCUUAAAAACUGCUUUCCUAUUUCCCGGUAUUCUGUUUGCAGUGUUCUUGGUGCUAAAUGCUCUCAUCUGGGGAGAAAAAUCAUCUGGAGCUGUACCUUUUGGAACCAUGUUUGCUCUUGUAUGCUUAUGGUUUGGAAUCUCAGUACCAUUGGUGUUUGUUGGUAGUUAUUUAGGUUUCAGAAAACCCGCCAUUGAAGAUCCCGUGAAAACAAACAAAAUUCCAAGGCAGAUACCCGAACAAGCUUGGUACAUGAAACCAAUAUUCUCCAUACUUAUUGGAGGCGUCCUUCCAUUUGGGGCAGUUUUCAUUGAAUUAUUCUUCAUCUUAACAUCUAUCUGGCUGAAUCAAUUCUAUUACAUCUUCAGCUUCCUCUUCAUAGUCUUCGUGAUUUUGUUGAUCACAUGUGCCGAGAUAGUAAUAGUUCUGGGCUACUUCCAGUUGUGCAGUGAAGACUAUCAUUGGUGGUGGAGGGCUUACCUGACUGCUGGCUCCUCUGCUCUGUAUCUUUUCCUAUACUCCGUUUUUUACUUCUUCACCAAGUUGGAAAUCAGUAAGCUGGUUUCAGGAAUUUUAUACUUUGGGUACAUGUCACUUGCAUCGUUUGCGUUCUUCGUGUUGACUGGAACAAUUGGCUUCUAUGCUUGCUUCUGGUUUGUUCGGAAGAUCUACUCUUCUGUGAAGAUCGACUAA